AUGUCCUACGUUCCCGUAGAAGCUGACGAUCACGUCGAGGAGGGACGGCCUGAACUCGAGUUCAAGAACUUCGACGAUCUACCCGCACCUCGCAGUGGUGCGGCAUCACGGCCAGGCUUCAUCUCAGAUGCACCCUCCCGCGCAUCACCCUGGGCCCUCGAAUACUAUCAGCCACUUUUCGACGUCUCUACGCGUACCGUCAUAACAAGAUGCAUAACAACCCUCAAUCCCCUCUCGCCAUACUACACAACCCUCCACCUCUCACCCCAACCCGAUCUGUACGGCCCAUUCUGGACGCUGACAACCUUGAUCUUCUUCUUGUUCGUUACCUCGUCCCUGGCGAGCAGUGUCGCGAGCUACCUCAGCGACUCGCCCAUCACAUAUGAUUUCGAGCUACUCAGUGUGGCUGUGGGCGUGGUCUACGCCUACGGAUUAGCAGUACCGGCAGCACUGUGGGGUAUCUUGAGGUGGUGGGGAGUCGUUGCGCCAGGCGGUGAAGGAUGGGGACUUGUUGAGGCAUGGGCGUGCUGGGGAUAUGCCAUGUUCGUCUGGAUACCCGUUUCGAUACUCUGCAUCAUACCCAGCGCCAUCGUUCGCUGGGUCCUUGUUGGCAUCGCCUUCGGACUUAGCGGCUACUUCCUCGUCGCGAACGUAUACCCCAUCCUCGCAUCCUCGGACCACAAAUACGCUCGCGCGUUGAUCGUGCUCGUCGCGGUCCUGCAUGCCGCCCUUGCCCUCGUCUUCAAGGUCGAGUUCUUCGCGUACUACGUUGUCAAGAAUAUCGGGCCGGAGGAUCCGACGGGAGAAGCGCCCGCCUUGAGUUUUUGA